AUGUCUUCUGGGCCCCUCUGGGAGGAGGUGAUGGGUCAGGACUGCUCCUGCCUGGCCCCUGCAGAGGCUCUGCAGGUUUUGUCUAAGCUGGUAGUCUCUUGGCUGUUUGUGGUCUGUCCAGGUUUGGCUUCCAACUUCGUGUCCCUCAUAUUACUUGCAGUGGUGGACUUUGUGUCAUCAGACCUGGAGGAUGUUGCCCAGAAAUGUUCCCUGUCUUACAAGGCGCUGGUCGCGGUGAGACGUGUGCUCCUGGCCCAGUUCUCUGCCUUCCCUGCCAACGGAGCAGACCUCUAUGAGGAGCUCAAGAGCUCCACAGCCAUCCUGUCCACUGGGAGCCCAAGCCUGGACCAGCUGCUGGACUCUGGGCUGUACACGGGGGAAGUGACAGAGCUCAUGGGAGCACCAGGCAGUGGGAAGACACAAGUGUGUCUGGGCAUUGCAGCCAGUGUGUCCCUGGGCCUCAAGCAGCACGUAGUGUUUCUUGACUCCACGGGGGGGUUCACAGCCUCCCGGCUCCACCAGAUGCUCCGGGCCCGGGCAGAGGACGAGGGAGAGCAGCUGGAGGCCCUGCAGCGGGUCCAGGUGGUCCGUGUGUUCCACGUCUACGAAACGCUGCGGGCGCUGCAGGAGCUGCGGGAUCGGCUCUCCUUCCAGGUCGUGAGCUCCACGGCACCUCUCAAGAUCGUGGUGGUCGACUCAGUCUCAGCUGUGCUCUCCCCGCUGCUGGGUGGGAAGCAGUCAGAGGGCUUGGCCAUCAUGAUGCAUCUGGCCAGGGAGCUGAAGACACUGGCCAGGGAGUUCAGCCUUGCUGUUGUGGUGACUAAUCAGGUGACAAGGGACAGCAGCAGUGGCUCACUGAAGCCAGCCCUUGGCCGCUCCUGGAGUUUUGUGCCCAGCACCCGGGUGCUGCUGGAGAGCAAAGAAGGCACCUGGGAAAAAGGCACCACACACCGCAUCGCUUCCUUGGCAAAGUCCCCCAGGCAGCCAACAGGGAUACAGGUGGAGAUGGAUAUUGGACACGUUGAUGUGCAGGAGCUGAGCCCAGCAACACCCACAACACCCACCCAGGGGCUCUGA